CUGGCGCUGGGCUGGGCGCUGGGCGGGGCCGGGGGCGGGGCCAAGGGCGGGGCCAAGGGCGGGGCCAAGCGAAGCCCCGCCCGCCGGCUGGUCCUGGGCUGGUUCCUGCUGUGCGCCGGCAUCCACGGGGUCCUGGAGGGGUACUUCAGCCUCCGGCACCGGGAGCUGCCCGCCGACACCGGGCUGCUGGCCGACGUCUGGAAGGAGUACGCCAAGGCCGACAGCCGCUACAUGACGAGCGAUGACUUCACGGUUGCCAUGGAGACGGUGACAGCCUGGGCCUGGGGUCCCCUGAGCUUCCUCACCUUCCUCGCCCUCCUGCGGCAGCACCCGGCGCGCUACAUCCUGCAGCUCGUGGUGUCCCUGGGUACGGCACGCGCGGGCCCCGCGGGGUCGGGCCCCGGCGGGAUCGGGCUCGGCAUGGGGCUGGGCCCCGGCUGCGGCAGCCCCGGGCCCGACGAGGCGGGCGGCGGCUACAACAGCGAGGAUGAGUACGAGGCGGGCAGGGUGGAGAUGGACCCGGCCACUGCCGAGCAGGGACACUGA